CGAAGUACAUACCGUCUGUCUGGACCGACGUCCUUGAAAAAUGCUGUAAGGAUAAUCACGAAGCGGGAUAACGUGAAAAAAAAAAAAAAAAAAUCAUGAGUGGACGCGCCGAGCAUCCGUUUGUAUAUAUUAUCACGUCUCAGUGGAAUGGGCGCCCAAUUCCGAGUCCUACCAGUCCGUCGGUAUUCUAUCUAAAGAAAAGAAAAGACAAGCCUCACACAUUACGUUUUCAAGGGAAUGAAAAACAACUAUCGGAGUUCUCUUCUCUAGAGGAGACGGCAGUGGUAUCCCGAGACUAAUGAUAACUUCAACUUGGUCUUAUCCGCCCACACGUUCACCCGAUACGAUGGACCAUGCAAUUGAAAAGCGCCCUGCCCGGAUACUUCGGGAUUAACUGACCCCCGGUUGCAGACCAAAUGGCCCUCGCCCGUAGCUCACUAGCUAGGGUUGACGACGCCAUGACAUUGCCGAGAAGAGUAAGGGUUCCGAGACUGGUGGAGAGGCACCGGGCGAGCUGUUUUGCUGGAAGGCCAAAGGCCAACAAACAAGGGCCCGGUGUCAGUAAUGCGCUCGUAAAUGGUACAUUCCCAUUCUCUGCCCGUCACAACUAACUGUGAAGUUCAUCGCAAUCCCCGAAAGCAGAUAGUGCUACCAACGGCCUGGCGGUUUGUAAGAUGGGCCCUGUCAACGCAUUACCAGCCGGGCUUGAUGAGAAGCUAGGAUGCUAGUAGCGGUUAGAAUCCUCCGAGGGAUGAAUAUUCAAAAUGAAUUCUCUCUCCGUGGAAGAGCAGAAAUUGCUUCAUUCUCUCUAUCACCAAGUCAAACAGAUCAGUAUGGUGACAGCAACUAGAGCGGAAGAUCCAGGCGCCCGCACUCUAGCACCAUCGGCGCUGACAACAGCAUCAAUAAUACCGAGGACGACUAAGAAAAGCGGGCGCUUUUGGGCUAUCUUUCCUGCCCUUUGCCUGACUACCUUUCUCUCCUCACUCGAUACGUCCAUCCUCUCCACGGCACUCCCGACCAUAUCGAAGGAGCUCAACUCAGGCACGCUGUACAUCUGGAUCACGAACGCGUACCUAUUUUCAUCGACAGUCGUGCAACCGCUUUUCGGUCAGACCUCCAAUAUCUUUGGUCGAAGAUCCCUUAUGAUUCUCUCCGUCGUCUUCUUUGCUCUUGGCAGCGGAUUGGCAGGAGGUGCGAAUGGAAAUACGAUGCUUAUUGUAGGCCGAACGGUUCAGGGCAUCGGCGGUGGGGGCAUCGGCACCCUCGUUGAUAUAAUCAUCUCCGAUCUGGUGCCCAUGCGCGAACGAGGCAAAUAUGUUGCGCUGAUGGCGGCAAUAUGGGCUUUCGGGACAGUAAUUGGCCCCGUGCUUGGGGGUGCGUUAGCGCAGCACGUAUCAUGGAGGUGGAUCUUCUACAUCAACUUGCCGCUAUCGGCGGCCUCUCUAUUUCUUUUAUACUUCUUCUUGAAAGUAUCUCACCCACGAGGUGAAAACAUCUUCAAGCGCCUUUCCAGGGUUGACUUUUUGGGUAAUGGGAUUCUUGUGGCAGCUGUUGUGUCUAUCCUGUUGUCCCUAACCUGGGCAGGUACGGUAUAUCCAUGGUCGUCCUGGAGGAUUAUCACACCCCUUACCGUUGGAUUUGUGGGAAUGAUCCUCUUCUAUACCCACCAAACAUCACGCAUCUGUGUCGAGCCAUCAAUCCCAUUACGAUUGUUUCCAAACCCGACAUCCCUAUGCGCAUUGCUCCUGUCCUUUCAAUUCUAGUCUACUGGACCGGCUAUUUUCUGCCUAUAUAUUUCCAAGCGGUCCUUGGCACCGUCAACCAUGUCCGGCCUCUAUGUUCUUCCGAUCACUGCUGCUAUUACGCCGCUAGGUAUCUUGACGGGCAUCCUCAUCGCGGCCACAGGCAAAUAUCGAGCAUUCCAUUUCCUUGGCUUUGCCUUAAUGUCGGUGGGGGUAGGCCUCUUCUCCACUCUCGACAAUCAGUCGUCCACAGGACACUGGGUGGGAUUCCAGUUUCUUUUUGGCUCUGGAGCAGGGAUGAUAUUUUCGAGCACACUGCCUCCCAUCCAAGCGUCUGUCAGGGAAGCUGACAUGGCCACAGCCACAGCGACGUGGUCAUUCAUGCGCAGCUUCGGAUCGGUGUGGGGUAUAGCGAUUCCUACGGCAAUCUUUAACGAUAAAAUCGAAUCGAUUCUUGGGAGAAUCAAUGACCCAUCGCUACGCGUAGAGCUUUCUAAUGGUGGCGCAUAUGGACUUGCGAGUGCAGGCCUAUCAAGGACUCUCGGCUCCAAUCGGAAAUUGCUUUCAGAAGUGAUUGGAGUCUAUGUUAAUGGCUUGCGGUUCAC